AUGUUUGAUUUCUGGAAUCAUAUGAGGAUUGAUGUUGUGAUGCAGUCACCACAAGACUUGGAAAAAUUAUAUUCAGAAGUUCAUCUUCUUAGAUCAUUAAAACACAAUAACAUCAUCAAGUUCUUUGAUUCGUUGGUUGAUCAUAAAAAGAAAAAUGUAAAUAUGAUAACUGAGCUCUUCACAUCCGGAAGCCUUAGACAAUAUCGGAAGAAACAUAAAACGGUUGAUUUGAAAGCAAUCAAGAAGUGGGCAAGACAAAUUCUAAAUGGUCUUCACUACCUUCAUAGUCAAAAUCCACCUGUGAUUCAUAGGGAUUUGAAAUGUGACAACAUAUUUGUGAAUGGAAACAAUGGAGAAAUCAAGAUUGGUGAUCUUGGAUUGGCAACUGUCAUGCAACAACCAACUGCCAAGAGUGUUAUUGGAACACCUGAAUUCAUGGCACCGAAGCUUUAUGAAGAGGAAUACAAUGAACUUGUUGACAUAUAUUCUUUUGGGAUGUGUUUGUUGGAAAUGGUGACAUUUGAGUAUCCUUAUAGCGAAUGCAAAAAUCCAGCUCAAAUAUAUAAGAAAGUAACCUCUGGGAUUAAACCGGGUUCUCUUAGCAAAGUGGGUGAUUCUGAACUGAAGGCAUUCAUAGAAAAAUGUCUGGUUCCAGCAACUGAAAGAUCAUCUGCUGGAAAGCUUCUAGAAGAUCCUUUUCUGAAAGAGGCAACACUAAGAUCAUUGAAUUUCAUGGAGAUUGAUCAAUUUGUAUGUUUAAACAUCAAAAAUGGAGUUGCUGAAUUCAAGAGGAUUCAUCAGCAAAACGAGUUCAGGUUGAAAGGGAUAAAGAAUGAUGACAAUUUGGUUUCUUUGACCUUGCGGAUUGCUGACCCAUGUGUUCUAAAUAUUUGCAUCUGGUUUCAGGGGUUACUCAAGGAAAAUGCAAAUGGUAGCAAAUACUGGGCAUAUGGAGGUGACUUUGGAGAUACACCAAAUGACUUCAAUUUCUGCUUAAAUGGUCUCAUAUGGCCUGAUCGGACUCCUCAUCCUGCUCUAAAUGGUGAUUACUAUAAUUUUUUUCCUUAG